AUUCUCAUAUUUCUGAGUUCUGCGAAAAUGCGUCAUCCCGAAACCGAAAUUCUACACGCAUGGAUCAACAAAUAUAAAGCCGAUACGGCUUAAAAAAGAAUUGGUCGGUGUUUCUUUCAGCAAGUACAACACCACUAGGGAUUAACGCAAAGAAGCUUGAGAAUCUUAUUCCAUAGAAAGAUGGCUGAUCAUUAUAUGUCUGAGUCAGUGUAUGUUGGAAUGUGUCACAAGAUAGGGACCCCACAACAGGUGGACUCCAGGAGAGAAAGAUUUGAUAAUAGUGAGUUGAUUGCGAAUCAACUGAUGAAAAAUCAGCUUAAAAUUCGUGUCAUGGUGAGUGGGAGUCAAAAAGAAGGACUAAGACUACCUGGGUCAGACAUAGACAUAAUGUUUUGGCCAAGUGACUUUCGAGUAUUCUGGAACUUUUCCCAGUUUGAGUUUCGGAAGAUUGGCACACAGAUUCCAGUUAUCUCUAACUGUUCUGAGAGCCCACCAGGUUUCACUCUACUUCGACUCCCGAUCGAAAUUCUCCCCUUUAUAAAGAUUCCCUCCGAAAUUUAUAUUGAUGACGCAAUACAAUAUGUUAUGGAGGCCUGUGUUUGGCAUAAUGGUAAAUUUCUGCUGUCAAGUUCUAAAUACAGGGAAAUAAGGAAAAAAAUAUCUUUUCCUGGUUCUUCAACACAUGGGCCUUGUAAUACUGGGACACUGGGCAGUGGAUUAGAGUACGAUGAGGUUUAUUGUUUCAUCAGUGAAUUCUGGCCUCCUUCUGCCUUCUCAUGGAUAGACAGAUGUCAAGUAUGGCCUCAACGUCAUGUUGUCAAUGACAUCGUCAGAAGUGGAUGUCACUUUGUAGCAAUAGGUCACAAACUUGGAAAGCAAGUAGACAAUGAAUGGAGAAUUUCUUUCACACAAGCAGAAUACAAACUUGUGUAUUCAAUGAAUCAUACACAGUUCUUAACUUAUGGUAUGCUGAAACUGUUCUUAAAGGAAAUUAUUAACAAUGGCGUUAGAGACGAAGAUAAACUGCUGUGUUCCUACCACAUGAAAACGGCGGUCUUCUGGGCCAUACAACAGAACACAUUACCUUACUGGUGUCCAGAAAACCUGUUGGUCGGUUUCUGGGUUUGCUUUAAACUCCUUCUAAAAUGGGUGUAUGAGGGGGUUUGUCCAAAUUUUUUCAUCCCACAAAACAAUAUGUUUUUGAACAACAUAUUUGGUGAAGCUCAGAAAAGAUUAUUUAUGCGCUUGUAUGGAUUGUAUGAGAAGGGCGUUGCAUUGUUGCUGUGCAGUUCCUCCAUGAGAACUUCUAUUAUCAAUGUGCUUUGCAAUCCAAGGCGCAUGGUCCGCAUAGAUGAGCAGAAUUUGAUACCUGAAGUUGAACUUGAUAUAGAGUUAUUUCAUGAUAUGGUGGAAAUUGAUGUUAUCCAUCCAUCAAGCUUGCGGCAGUGUUUAAAGGUGUUGCGCAUUGCUGAACCGUUGAUAAAUUACACCCACGCACAAAGUCAACUCGUCCUGCUACAAAAAGUUUCAAGCACGAUUUUUCAGAGUGCCGCAUUUUACUUAAACAAUAUGUACAUUGAUAAAGGCCUCAACAAGUUUACGUAUAUUGCUGACAAAUUGGCAUGCCACUUAUUGAAAUGUGCAGUCAUGUGUGGGUUUUCCUCUGGCAUGCUGUACGUUGCAAUGCAUUUUUACAGGACAUGCAGAUAUAGGAAAGCGGUAUCUGCUUUAGAGAUGGCAAAGGCAAAGUUGGCACAGCCAUGGCUGAUAUACAAGAGAAAUGUAGACCAGGAGAGAUACAAUUACGCUUUAGGGGGACAGGCGCUACCAAUAAAGAUGAGAAAGGCUCUGGCAUGGGAUAUCAAACUCAAUCAUAAAAUCUGUUAUAUUGAAGAGUUAGUACCCGAACAACAGCCUGGAAGGGAAGACCACACCCCUUUAUUGUACAUCCCACCCUGUGUGUUGUUACACAUGCUAGAGUUUUUGUGCUAUAGACAUGUUGACACAAUGCGAGCCCAAACAGCUCUAAAUGAGCUACAGGUCCUAGUCCACCAUGAUCAGGGACACUUUGUACCCGAACAACUUAGGGACAUCUCAUGGGAGAUCCUUGGAAUAUGUCAACAAAUCAGAGGAGACCUCCGAGCUGCCAUGUUCUCAUAUAAACAGUCACUCAUACAAAAGCCAUUCAAUAGAAUACAAUCAGCUACAAGAAAGAGAAUCCAAGAUAUACAUACUUACUUAUACGGAUUUUUACUGACUGUAUACGAGGCAUUUUCGGGUUUUAACAAUUACGAGGCGCCUCCUGUGGAUUAUUAAUGAAGGACCUAUCAACAGUUCCUAAAUAGUCCCUUGUCUGGCCUGAAAUCACACCAAGAGUCACUUAAACAAACUUAAUUCAUACAGUAGAAUAACAUAUAAAUGUUAGCACGGACAGUGGGUCAGUGAUGUUGCUGGAAGCUUUUCAUUUUUAUUUAUUCCUAAAAAUCUUUAACUGUAUAAUGCUUUUUUUUUCAAUAUAUGAUUCUUACGUUGUUCAAAAUCAGCUAAUAAGAGAGUGCAAUGCAACACACCUCCAAAUAUACUAUAAAAUAUCCACACAUCCCGAUCGAAAAAUGAAAAGAUUUGAUAUAAGAUUCCGUGAUUAUAUCUGUACCUGAUGCAGUCAUGUCGAAUAUAGUCUGGGCUGAUGCGAUAAUACAGUGUUCCAUCAUUGUUUACAUGUACAUUACUCUGUUUACCUCUUCGAACUACCGCAUGAUUCAUUUGCGACAACUGUUUCGAUAUAAUCUUGUUUUAUUGUUUUAAAACGCGCUAAAAUAUACUGACGUAUUUUAAUGCGUACUGCGUCAUUAGUUUCAGAGAGUGGUGAUACGGAAUCGGAAAACCACAAUGUGGUGAUCCGGAAAAUCGGAUCACAUUCUGUAAAAUUGAGAGUGUCAAGAUGGGGAAAUUGAUGGGUAUAUAAUACAGUGUACCAUCAUUGUUAACAUGCAUGUACUUAUAUACCACAUGAUUCAUUUGCGACAAUUGUUUCGAUAUAACCUUGUUUUACUGUAUUUUUGUAGCGUUUUGUGAUUUUUAGAUUGUUGGAUAUCUACUAUUUGGCGAAUUAAUGAUUCAUAAAGAAAUGAUGUUAAUUUCAUUCGAUAUGAUAUUCACACUGCAUGCGCGGAUCCUAAAAGGGGGGGGGGGGGGGCGGCGAACACAAUUAUUCUUUGGACCCCCCUGGAAAAAAUGUCUGUAUCCGCGCAUGCACUGGAUUCUACAGUGGCAUGGAUCUGUCACCACUUGUCAGAGAAUUUUGCUGACUUGUCAAAUGAUUAUGUCGACUUGUCAGAUAUUUAUGCCAACUUGUCAGAUCUUUAUGUUGAGUUUUCAGAAAAUUAUCAUAUUGACUAGAAACUCAAUAUUUUGUUGUCAAAGCGUGUUAGUGCCAUUAACUGUCAUUAACUUGUCAUCAUAUUAUCUGACAAGUCGACAUAAAGAUCUGACAAGUCAAUAUAAUUAUCUGACAAGUCGACAUCAAGAUCUGACAAGUCGACAUAAUGAUCUGACAAGUGGUGGCAGAUCUAUGCCACCAUAGGAUUCAUAAUUUACUCCGCCUUUAGAGAAGUAGUGAUGAUCUUUUAAUUGGCUUUUUUCAAUGUAAAUAUUUUAUCUGUAUUGACGUUUAACAAAAGUAAUUUUUUAAUUUGUUUCGGAUGUAUGAUUACAGAAGUAACAAUACAUAAUGAACUAUCAACCAAGUAUAUACUGCAGUGUAUGUAUUUAUAUAUCGCAUGUUAUGAUGAUGCAUUUUCCAACUGUCUCUGCAAUGAUGAUUUUUCAAAAAAUUAUCUUUUAUGUGCUGUGUGAAUAACCGUUCCGUCUGUAUCAAAAAUAUUUCUUGAUUAAAAUAUUUUUCGUAGAAAAUUUGUUUUAUUUGGAUUUUAAGUACAGGAAAUGCAGUCUUGUUUUGUGGGA